GAAAUGAUCAGAUGCAGUUGACUUUACAAUGUGAAAGGAAACGAAAUUUUUUUCAAAAAAAAACUCUUAAAAUGUUUGUCUUCCAGUUGAGUCAUAAUGAAGUUGAAAGUGAAAUAUUGUUUAACCAUCAAAGCUACCAAAGUGACCAAACAUAAUCAUUGCUCCAAAGUUUCAAAACUCAGUGAUAACUUCAAGUGUGAGUAAAGUGAAAAGAAAUGAAUCGACAAAAGUUGAUUAAAGUUUGUUGAAAGCCAAAUGGAUAUUGUCUAGUUGCCAAUGUUUUUCGAGUCCAAAGUUGAACACCUUUUAUCGUUGACCUUUUCACUUCUGCUUCAACCAAUAAUGACCAUUUAAUUGUGAAACAAUGAGAUGCUUAAUUGUCUGGAUAUUGCUGUUUGCGCGUUCCAUUGGACUUUCUCCCAAUGAAAUUCAUCGAUCAAGAUUGAAUGAUACAAAUUCAUGGUCAACCUCAUCAUCAUCAUUUAAUAGCAAUUUACCCUUUUAUCGAACAUCCGGCAAUCCAUCAUUGCUAGAUUCACAGGGGCCACAGUUUACCCGACAACCUCCACUUUUGGUUGACUUUUUAAACUCAACAGGAACCAUAAUUCCAUGCUCAGCAAGUGGCCUACCAACGCCAACAAUUGUCUGGCUCAAAGAUGAUGGUACACCACUUAUUGACAUCAUCAGCCUUCGUCAAGUUUCACCCGAUGGUUCACUAGUCUUUCUACCCUUUACCCCUUCCCAGUAUCGCGGUGAUGUACACUCGACAAUCUACAAGUGUAGAGCAACAAAUGUCAUCGGAACCAUUGAGAGUAACCCGGUUCGGGUUAAAGCAAUUGUCUAUCAACAUUAUGAUGUUCAAGUUUACGAUGAUUUUGUGAUAAGAGGCAACACUGGGAUACUUCGUUGUAAUAUACCGACAUUUGUUAAAGAUUACGUUCAUGUUGUCUCAUGGCUACGAAGCGAUGGAAACAUUAUUCAAUCAGAUUUGUUUAAAGGCGGUCGUCAUUAUAUUUUCUCAUCUGGUGAACUUUACAUUCAACGAGUUGAUCCUUCACUCGACAAUAAUUAUCAAUAUCGAUGUCAAACCAAACAUCGAAUUAGCGGAGAAAUUAAAUUGAGCUCAAAUUCAGGAAGAUUGAUAAUCACAGAGCCUCAUAGCAAUGUUGCUCCUAAAGUAACAGAUCGUCGAAUCCGUUUAAUCGCUCAAUCGGGAGAGACUGUGAUUUUACCCUGUUCUGGUCAAGGUUCACCAGUGCCGAGUAUAACUUGGUAUAAACGAACCUCUGAUCCAUAUCAACAGCCUUUACUUGUGAAUAACUUGAAGCCCACUUCAUCAUCAGAUAAUCGACUUAGCGAGUUAAAUGGUCUUCUCAUCUUCAAACCAGUUCGACUGCACGAUUCAGGGAAAUACAUUUGUACGGUUAAAAAUUCAAUUGGACGUGAUCAAAUUGAAACUGAAUUGGAAGUUACAGAACCUUUGAAAGUUGUUUUACUUCCAAAGUUAAUUGUAGCCAUGGAAGGUCAAGAAAUGGUUUCGUUCAAUUGUUCCAUUUCUGGUUCGCCAAUUCGAAAGAUAUUUUGGCGAAAAGAUGGUUCACCUUUACCUUUGCAUAAUCGUUAUCGUCAGAAUGAACAUGGUUUGACCAUUUUUCAUCUUAAACGGGAAGAUCGUGGCAUGUACCAGUGCAGUGUGACCAAUGAUGCUGGUCAAAGUUCCGAUUGGUCAAGCCUAACACUGGCCGAUGAUCCACCCAAACUGAUUGAACUGUUUUCCGAGUCUAUUCUACUUGAACCUGGUUCUCGUCUUUCACUCAAGUGCUCUGCCUCCGGGUCGCCCUUACCACAGAUAACCUGGACCCUUGAUGGGUUUCCCAUUGGUGAACAGCUUCGCAUCAGGGUUGGUGACUAUGUGACUAGUGAAGGUCAGGUCAACAGCUUUGUCAACAUUACGUCAAUUACUGUUGACGAAGGUGGACUUUAUACGUGCCUCGCAACCAAUGGUGUUGGUUCCUCUGCUUCACACUCGGGUCGUGUCAAUGUUUUAGGUCGACCCACAGUUAAACCCAUGGGUAAUGUGACUGUUGUUGCCGGUUCAACCUUUUCCAUCAACUGUCCCUAUUCGGGUCACCCCAUCGAGUCUAUUGUUUGGUAUCGACGAGACUCACGUCUACCCGAGAAUCAUCGUCAUCUUGUCCUUCCCAACGGGACUCUUGUUAUCCGUGGAAUUGAACGCUCUCAUGAUCAAGGUUUGUAUAGGUGUUUGGUCACCAAUAAACAAGGUGAAAGUGGAGCUUCGUCUGUUUUUAUUCAAGUUAUUGUUGCUCCACUCAUUUCCAUCGAUUCGGUGCCAAAUGUGAGGGAAGGAAUGAGAAAUAUGUUGACUUGUAAUGUGCUUGACGGUGAUCCACCCUUUACCUUUACCUGGACCAAAGAUGGAUUACCAAUCGAUCCUGCUCAACAUGAAAAUAUCAAAAUUGCAUCCAUCAAUGAAUACUCUUCAACGCUCUUCAUUUCCAAAGUUAUGUUCAAAGACAAUGGCAACUACACGUGCAUCAUAUCAAACCAGGCAGCUUCUGCCAAUCAAACAAUCAACGUUCUGGUUAAAGGUAAGUUCAAUUUUAACAUUAAAUUAUUGAUUCAAUUAACAGCAUUGCAAAUAGUCGAAUCUGUUAUCCAAAAAAAUAUGUCAGUGGUCAAUCAAGUUUAUCAGUUAACCUAUGAGUCAAGUUGAUAGUUGAAUGAUUAUCAAGUUCAAAUGUAGUGCGAUUGCCUGCAAUUUUUACCGGGACCAAAGAGUAAAGGAGAAGAGGUUUCUCUCAAUACAAUUUUGUGAAGCUUACAAAGUGGCUCUGGCGAGGGCGCUUUAAAGGUAUUUUUAAUAGAUUAGAUAAAAAAUUAGAUUAAAAUUAAAUUGAAAGAGAUUGAAAAAGUGACUGAUUUGAGCGCCUCUCGUUGAGGACCGCUAACUAAACUUCUCAUUGAAUCCUAUGGAGAGCUAUCUCUUCUUCUUUACUCUUUGACCGGGACUAACUUGGUUUUUGGGACUGACUUCAUUUUUAUCAAUUUCUUGUAAAGAGUAAAACUUGUCAAAAGUAAGCUGUUACCCUUUGACUUUUUUUCACAAUAAUAAUGCACAAUAACAAAAUGAUGAACAAUAAAAUUGCUAAUGAAAAGGGUAAGCUUUGAACCAUUUCUUUAUUUUUUUGCAAAAAGUAAAAAAUCUUUCAAAAAUCGGGAUUUUAAAAUUGAACGAACUUCAACCAUUUUGAUUUUUAUGCACAACUUGCUCGGUUAAACUUGUUGUGCAUGUGUGAGGGUAUAUUUUGAAUUCACAGUGACAUUCACAUUCUUAGACGAGCUUUUUCAACCAACCUAAGCUGACCUAAUCUAACCUAACUCUUAAUUGAUAAAUAUGAUGAGGGUUAAACUAUCAAUUUUGAUUGUCACAUUAGUCAAGUCUAGUAAUUAACUGACAAUAUUUUCCUCGACCGAUAACAAUGAAAUAAUGUGAAAAGUGAAAGAAGAUCAUUUCUUGCGAAUCAACUUUGUUGUUUCACUUGAAAUGAAAUCUGAUUGGUGACAUAAUUUCAUCUCUAACUUUGAACCAUCAUUGUGAUUAAUGAUCGACAAACGAAGUCGGUCAAUGAUUUUGUUGAAGCUGACGGUGAAAGAGGUAAAAGACUGAUGCAGCAUGAGAAGAACGAGAAAAAAAACAAUUUUCAUUUGGAUGAAUGAUUUUCAAGGUUUCAACUUCUGAAGAGGCUAAAGAGGAUGAAAAGUUGGAUGAACAAUAAAAGCGAAAAAGAAGAAGAAAAAAGUUCAUUUGAUUGGCAGUAAAGAUGUUGAUGUCAUAUGGAAACGGAAUUGUAGAUUGGUAAUCAUAUUUUUGACUGUUGAGCAAAGAUGAAAGGAAGAAGAAAAAAAAGUCAGAUAAAGAUGGAAAAAAGAAAAAGGAAUUAGUCAAAAGAUGGUGAAAAAAAGAAGAGAAAAAAUGGGAAAAUGAAAGAAAACGAGUUAAUAGAAGAAUUGUUUCUGAUGAUGACAGAGAGAGAGAAAUGAGAAGAUGAAAGAAGAGAGUAAAAAGAAAUUAAUAAAAGUGGUUUGAUCUGUUGACAUGAUGAUUUCACUUUACAUUGACUCACUUUAACUCACUUCAAUCAUGAAUCAUUCCAAGAAAAUGAUUCUCAAAUCUUUCAUUUCCGAUUUCAUUUCUCCAUCAGAGCAAAGAUGAUAAUGAAGAUGAUGGUGAAAAUGCAAUUAUUUAACUGAUUCCUUCUGUUCAUCAAGUUGCAGGCAAAAAUGAAGAGUAAAAAUGAAGGAUUGAAAGUUGUUCAAAAAGAGCAAGAAAACCCAGUCAACAGUGAAGAGUCAAUUUUGAACGAAAAAGUUGCUUCAUUUGGUCACUUUCCUCAAAAAAAUAUAACAAUUAUAAUGAAGAUAAAGAACUUUCUGAAUCUUCGAAUAUCGAGAUAAAAGAAGAUGGUUUUGAGCUCAUGGACAAUAAUUAUAAUCAUGUUCGUGCUUUUAAAUUUUCCUAGUUAUGAGAAUUUUAUUUU